CCCCGGCCCCCGGCCCCGCCUGGCUCUAUGGACAGGAGCUCGCUGCUGCACCUCAUCCACGAGCAGCAGCUGGACCCCGAGAACACUGGCUUCAUUGGCGUGGACACCUUUGCUGGUCUGGUGCACAGCCAUGAGCUGCCUCUGGACCCCGCCAAGCUGGACAUGCUGGUGGCCCUGGCCCAGAGCAACGAGCGGGGCCAGGUCUGCUACCAGGAGCUCGUGGACCUGAUCGGCAGCAAGCGCUCCAGCAGCUUCAAGCGGGCCAUCGCCAAUGGACAGCGGGCGCUGCCCAGGGACGGGCUGCUGGACGAGCCCGGCCUGGGCUUCUACAAGCGCUUCGUGCGGUACGUGGCCUACGAGAUCCUGCCCUGCGAGGUGGACCGCCGCUGGUACUUCUCCAGGCACCGCAGCUGCCCGCCCCCCGUGUUCAUGGCCUCCGUCACCCUGGCGCAGAUCGUGGUGUUCCUGUGCUAUGGGGCGCGGCUCAACAAGUGGGUGCUGCAGACCUACCACCCCGAGUACAUGAAGAGCCCCCUCGUGUACCACCCGGGGCACCGGGCCCGCGCCUGGUGCUUCCUCACCUACAUGUUCAUGCACGUGGGGCUGGAGCAGCUGGGGUUCAACGCCCUGCUGCAGCUGAUGAUCGGGGUGCCCUUGGAGAUGGUGCACGGCCUGCUGCGCAUCAGCCUGCUGUACCUGGCCGGCGUGCUGGCAGGCUCCCUGACCGUGUCCAUCACCGACAUGCGGGCCCCCGUGGUGGGGGGCUCCGGCGGGGUCUACGCCCUGUGCUCGGCGCACCUGGCCAACGUCGUCAUGAACUGGGCUGGGAUGCGGUGCCCGUACAAGCUGCUGCGGAUGGUGCUGGCCCUGGUGUGCAUGAGCUCGGAGGUGGGCCGCGCCGUGUGGCUGCGCUUCUCGCCGCCGCUGCCCGCCGCGGGCCCGCAGCCCAGCUUCAUGGCGCACCUGGCGGGCGCCGUGGUGGGCGUGAGCAUGGGCCUCACCAUCCUGCGCAGCUACGAGGAGCGCCUGCGGGACCAGUGCGGCUGGUGGGUGGUCCUGCUGGCCUACGGCACCUUCCUGCUCUUCGCCAUCUUCUGGAACGUCUUCGCCUACGACCUGCUGGGCGCCCACGUCCCCCCGCCGCCCUGACCGCUCCUGGGCACGGCCGGCCCCGGCUCCAGUGGUGGGCGGAGAGGC